AUGCCUUCUUCCGCCCUAAAACCUUCGCGUGCCAUACCUCAUGAUACUACAGGGGCAAAUGCGAAGGAACACAACGCAUCUCCUCCAACCCCUAUCCCCUCCACGGAAAAUCUCGACAAGGUCCUCUAUCUAUUUGGCUACCCAAUUGCUCACUCUCUGUCACCUCUCCUGCACCGCACCAUCUACCACUCUCUAGGUCUAAAUUACGAGCAACACCUUUAUCCGUCCCAAACAUUGGAACCAUGUCUCGCCCUAAUGCAAUCCCCAAAGUUCUUUGGAGCUGCGGUAACGAUGCCUUUUAAAGUAGCAAUCAUACCACAUCUCGAUAUGUUGACACCAGAAGGUGAAGCAAUCGGAGCCAUCAAUACCGUUUUCCUUCGCAGCUCCCCAAGCGGCAAGCGAUUACUUUGCGGAACCAACACUGAUUGUAUCGGAAUACGAGAGGCAAUACUUCAGAACACCACACCAGCACAAGCUGCCAACAUGAAAGGCAAGCCGGGGAUGGUGAUCGGAGGCGGAGGAACAUGUCGAGCAGCGGUUUAUGCUUUGAAAACAUAUCUCGAAUGUAGCGAGGUUUAUCUCGUCAAUAGGGAGCCUGCGGAAUGUCACCAAGUGAUCUCGGAAUGUAAAGCUCAAGGUUUUGGAGAUAAUCUGUAUUAUAUUCCAUCUUUAGCGAAAGCAAAGUCUCUGCCCGCUCCUCACGUUGUCAUUUCUGCGAUCCCGGACUUUUCACCCAUUUCCCGGGCGGAGAUCGAAACUAGGGCUAUCAUCAGAGAAUUUCUCGGUAAAGAACGCAAGAGUUUCUUGCUGGAAAUGUGUUAUCAUCCCUCGCCCGACACAGCAAUAGCUAAAAUUGCGAGAGAUGAGGGCUGGGAGGUUAUCGAGGGGAUUGAAGCAAUGAUCUGGCAAGGGCUGGAGCAGGACAAGGUAUGGCUGAGACGAAGGGUAUCGACGUUACCGGUCGAAGAGGUCAAGAAGAUUGUGAGAGGGAAAAUGUUUGCAAGCAGGGCUAAAUUAUGA